GUCAGAAACUGUGUUCAGUAUUUACAGAAGCGGGUAAGUCAUUAACUCUGUUUGCCACACAGUCUAACCCCGAGACACAGCGGGCAGCAGCGGUCGCUAUCUCUCCGCCUCAGUCUCACCAUGCUCGGCCUACGAAUGUGGACACGCACCGUUCCCCUGGUGGGCAGAGGAGCGUGGAACCGAGAACAAAUUCAUACUAGCACUGCUACAAGAAGCCAGCCAGGAAGGCUGAACCUCAGCGGCAUAUACCCACCAAUCGCUACCCCAUUCACCGCAAAGGAGGACGUGGAUUACUGCCGCCUGGCGGAGAACCUGCAGAAGUACGCCAAAAUGCCUUUCAGAGGUCUGGUGGUUCAGGGCUCCAACGGCGAGUAUCCGUACCUGACGGAGGAGGAGCGCGUGGAGGUGGUGCGGGUCGUCAGACGCUCUCUGCAGCCCGAGAAACUGCUGAUGGCUGGAUCCGGCUGUGAAUCCACCGCAGCCACCGUGCAGCUCACUGAGAAGAUGGCAGCAGCUGGAGCCGACGCCGCUCUGGUGGUGACCCCCUGCUUUUACAAGGGCAAGAUGAAGAGCGGCGCUCUUAUCCAGCACUACACCAAGGUGGCUGAUAACAGUCCACUUCCUGUGGUGCUCUACAGCGUUCCUGCCAACACCGGCGUGGAUCUGCCCCUAGAGGCCGUCGUGCAGCUGUCGCAGCAUCCGAACAUUAUUGGCCUGAAGGACAGCGGAGGAGACAUCACACGUAUCGGCCUGAUUGUUCAUAAAACCAAAGAGCAGGACUUCCAGGUCUUGGCCGGCUCAGCUGGGUUCCUCAUGGCUGCAUACUGCGUCGGUGCAGUCGGUGGCGUGUGCGCGUUGGCUAACGUCCUGGGCCCUGAACUGUGUGAGUUGGAGCGUCUGUGUUUGUCCGGCAGCUGGGAGGAAGCCAGAGUCCUGCAGCAACGUCUCAUUGAGCCCAACGCCGCCGUGACCAGGGACUUGGGAGUUCCCGGUCUGAAACAGGCCAUGGAGUGGUUUGGUUUCCACGGCGGCACCACGCGUUCCCCUCUGCAGCCGCUGACAGAGGCUGAGAUCCGACAGCUGAGGCAGGACUUCAGCUCCAACGGCUGGCUCUGAGGUGACGGGGCAGGAGGAGGAGGAGGAGGGUGUGGAUGUAGAGGAUGAGAUAAAGGAGUGGAUUUAAGACAAAAUCUUGAACUUAGCUCACGGUCAAACAAACAAAGUCAAACAAUUUUUAAUCAAAGAGGUUCAAACGCCACUUAUCUUUGCGUUUAACACAACACUUUGCUGUUAAAAACAACAUGAUAAUCAGAAUAUAUUAAUAAUUACUUUUGUGUUUAUUGUGAUUUGACGCCUUUGAGCUCUGCAGUUUAAUUAACAUAAAUAAAUAAUGUGCCUAUGAGAAACGGCAAUAAACAGUAGGAAGUGAACACACGUUACAUGAGUAAUUAAAAAUAAUGAUUUUUUUUUUCUUUAAGACUCUUGAAAUGACAGAUUUUUUAAAAAAUACUAAUUAAGAUCUAAGUGUGUCCGGAAAGUGUUGUCAUCUGCCUGAACGUCAGGCGUGUACAAUCGUUUCUUUCCGAAGUUCAUAAUAAAUUACGUCACAGUUUCUACGGCAUCUUUAGAGUCAGUUUCAUAUCGGUUCCAGUAGCAGAAAUUAAGAAAAUAAAUAUUUGAUAUGAAUUUA